CGCAUCAUCAUCCCCCUCUGCUGCCCCUUGCUUCUUCCUUUAUUGCAUCCUCGUAAUAUAAACUCCACCCCUCUGGCAGAUUUUAGAGGGAAUUCAAUCUUCAUCCCCCGAAUCCACACCAGCUGAAUGCGGAAGUGUUUCUGCACUGACUAUUCUGGCCCAGCUCGCUGCUUGUGAGUGGUUUGAUUCAUCCUCGUUCAGAAUCGCUUCACGAGUUUAGUUGGCCGAGAUGGUGAUGGCACAUGAGAGGAGGAAGGUGGCCGAUAUGUUUAAUUUCUUUCGUGGCGAGAGGACCCGAGUCCAGCUUGCUCUCAUUACCGUGCAAUUGGGCUACGGUGUCUAUUAUGUCUUGACCAAAGCUGCCAUGAGUGAAGGCGUGAACCGGUUCGUCUUUGCUGUGUACCGAGACGCGAUCGCCCUGUGCCUCCUGGUGCCACUUGCAUUCUUCUCAGAGAGAAAUCUGCGAACUCCUUUCACAGUUCCCGUUUGCUUGUUAAUCGUGGCGUUGGGAUUCACGGGAAUAUUUCUGCAGCAGACGCUGUUCCUGGCAGGACUCGCGUACACCAACACGGCAUUCGCAGCUGCAAUGCAGAAUGCCAUUCCCGUCUUCACGUUCAUGAUUGCUGUGGUGUGCAAGUUCGAGGUGAUUCGCUUGAACAAGCCUGACGGAAUGGCCAAAGUCGUUGGCAUCUGCUCGGCCGUGGUGGGAGCUUUCACAAUGUGUCUCUACAAGGGACCGACUCUGUUCGGCAAGGACUCAUCGUCGCAGCAGGAGCAGGCAGCUGAGGUCGUGGCCCAGACUGGUGCAGACAAUUGGUUGGCGUCCACUUUGCUGAGCUAUGGGGUGGACUACUGGCAGAUGGGCGCUCUGUGCCUGGUGGCGAAUUGCUUGUGCAUGGGCAUUUACACCAAUCUGCAGAUCCCGGCCCUGAAGAGAUUUCCAGCUCCGGUGUCUCUGUCGGCUUCUUCGAUCUUCGUCGGGGCCAUGUUCUUGCUGAUCACGGGUCUGUCGAGCGUUUCGCAAGCGUCUGAGUGGAUUCUGCACUCUCCCGGGACGAUCAUAUCUGUGGUGUACGCUGGUGCCGUGGCUUCGGGACUGAACUUCUCUCUGCAGACGUGGGCAAAUCAGCGCGGAGGCCCUGUGCUAGUGGCGGCGUACAUUCCUCUGCAGACUGUGUUCUCUGCAUUUCUGGGAGUGGUGAUUCUGGAUGAUCCUCUGUACCUAGGCAGCGUGAUUGGAGCUGUGCUGAUUCUGAUGGGUCUGUAUUUGGUAAUCUGGGGCCAGCGGCUGCACAGGCUAGCGAAAGAGAGAGACUGUCUUGCAAUGCCAUUUGAGGGAGUGGAGGAUGAUAUCAAGGUACCUCUCCUCCAAAAUCAGGCAGAGGAGAGCACAUACGGCACCAUCCAAAGAUGAGAUGGACAUCUUUGAACCCCGGAGGUGGGGUAUUCAACAUAUGACACUGCCUAUACAUAGAAUAGAAGUUGACGACGAAUCUGACGAAGAAAAGCAUUCGUCUCGGGGGAUUCUUAUUUGACGGUAGGAACAUUAGUACAACGGCACAACUUCAGGAAAUAUUGUAUAUAGGAUUCAGUUCUCCACGUAUUGUGGACAUGUAAAAUAAUAAUCUGUGACUGUUGAUGGCCGGCAGUCUUCUCUUCUACAGACCAACUCUAACCAUAUCUUCAC